UGGUCUGAGUUGGUUAAGUGUGUCUGUAACAGUGUCCAGGAACAAUGCACCUUUGAGGGUAUACACUUAUUGUCAGAUUAUUGGGAUUUCUCCAAAUAUAAAGACUCUGUUCCAGGUAGAAACAAGGUCCAGGAGGCCAAGGUGACCGAAGUGAAAAUCAAUGAGGCCCGCGAGCACUAUCGACCAGUGGCCGCCCGCGCCUCUCUGCUCUACUUCAUCAUGAACGACCUCAGCAGGAUCCACCCCAUGUACCAGUUUUCUCUCAAGGCCUUCAGCAGCGUCUUCCAGAGGGCGGUGGAGAAGGCCCCGCCCCACGAGAGUCUCCCGCAGCGCGUGGCCAGCCUGAUGGACAGCAUCACCUUCUCCGUGUUCCAGUACACCACCCGCGGGCUCUUCGAGUGUGAUAAGCUGACUUACCUUGCCCAGCUCACCUUUCAGAUCCUCCUCCUGAACCAGGCGGUCGGGGCGGCGGAGCUGGACUUCCUGCUGCGAUCCCCCGUGCAGGCCGGAGUCACCAGCCCCGUGGAGUUCCUCUCCCAUCAGGCCUGGGGAGGCAUCAAGGCUCUUUCCGCCAUGGAGGAAUUCUCUAAUCUGGACCGGGACAUUGAGGGAUCUGCCAAGAGCUGGAAGAAGUUCGUGGAAUCAGAAUGUCCUGAGAAGGAGAAGUUCCCGCAGGAGUGGAAGAGCAAGACGGCCCUGCAGCGCCUCUGCAUGAUGAGGGCCAUGCGGCCGGACCGGAUGACCUAUGCCAUGCGGCAUUUUGUUGAGGAGACAUUAGGAAGCAAAUAUGUGCUGGGAAGAGCAUUAGACUUUGCAACCUCAUUUGAAGAAUCAGGACCAGCCACUCCCAUAUUUUUUAUCCUGUCUCCAGGGGUGGACCCACUGAAGGAUGUGGAAAAUCAAGGUAAAAAACUCGGAUACACCUUCAACAAUCGGAACUUUCACAACGUAUCUUUGGGGCAAGGACAGGAGGUGGUGGCUGAGGCCGCGCUGGAUCUCGCUGCGAAGAAAGGUCACUGGGUCAUUUUGCAGAACAUCCACCUGGUUGCCAAGUGGCUCAGCACCCUGGAGAAGAAGCUGGAGGAGCUCAGUGCAAGCAGCCACCCGGAGUUCAGAGUCUUCAUCAGUGCAGAGCCUGCGCCCUCCCCUGAGGGCCACGUCAUCCCCCAGGGCAUCCUGGAGAACUCCAUCAAAAUCACCAAUGAGCCUCCCACGGGCAUGCAUGCCAACCUGCACAAGGCCCUGGACAACUUCACUCAGGACACCCUGGAGACAUGCUCCCGGGAGGCAGAGUUCAAGAGCAUCCUCUUUGCUCUCUGUUACUUCCACGCGGUGGUGGCGGAGAGGCGAAAGUUCGGGCCGCAGGGAUGGAAUCGCUCCUACCCCUUCAACACUGGGGACCUCACCAUCUCUGUGCAUGUGCUCUACAACUUCCUGGAGGCCAACGCAAAGGUCCCCUAUGAUGACUUGCGUUACCUCUUCGGAGAGAUCAUGUAUGGAGGCCAUAUCACCGAUGACUGGGACAGGAGACUCUGCAGGACGUAUCUGGAGGAAUUCAUUAAACCGGAAAUGCUUGAAGGAGAGCUGACUCUGGCCCCAGGGUUCCCACUGCCAGGCAACAUGGACUACAAUGGUUACCAUGAGUACAUUGAUGCCGAGCUGCCCCCCGAGUCACCCUAUCUCUACGGCCUCCACCCCAAUGCGGAGAUCGGCUUCCUGACCCAGACCUCAGAGAAGCUCUUUCGCACGGUGCUGGAGCUGCAGCCGCGGGACAGCCACGUCGGGGACGGAGCGGCGGCCACGAGGGAAGAGAAGGUCAAGGCCCUUCUGGAAGAAAUACUGGAGCGGGUGACGGACGAGUUUAACAUCCCAGAGCUGAUGGCCAGGGUGGAGGAGCGCACCCCCUACAUCGUGGUUGCCUUGCAGGAGUGUGAGCGGAUGAACACACUCACCAGGGAGGUCCGGCGCUCGCUGAGGGAGCUGCACCUCGGCCUGAAGGGGGAGCUGACCAUGACCAGCGACAUGGAGAACUUAGAGAACAACCUGUACCUAGACACCGUGCCAGAGUCCUGGGCCAGACGAGCCUACCCUUCCACGGCAGGCCUGGCCGUCUGGUUUUUGGACCUCCUCAGCCGAAUCAAGGAGUUGGAGGCUUGGGUAGGCGACUUUGCAAUGCCAUCCACGGUGUGGCUGACAGGCUUCUUCAACCCCCAGUCCUUCCUGACCGCCAUAAUGCAGUCCAUGGCCCGCAAGAAUGAGUGGCCACUAGACCAGAUGGCCCUGCAAUGUGACGUGACGAAGAAGAAUAGAGAGGAUUUCAGAAGCCCUCCUCGGGAAGGAGCCUAUGUCCAUGGCCUCUUCAUGGAAGGUGCUCGCUGGGAUGCACAGGCUGGGGUCAUUACAGAGGCCAAGCUCAAGGAUCUGACACCCCCGAUGCCUGUGAUGUUCAUCAAGGCCAUUCCUGCAGACAAGCAAGAUUGCCGCAGUGUCUAUGCUUGUCCUGUAUACAAGACAUGUCAGCGGGGACCCACCUACAUAUGGACUUUCAACCUGAAGACCAAGGAGAACCCAUCCAAGUGGGUUCUAGCUGGAGUAGCUUUGCUUCUCCAGAUUUAGCUUCCUUUGGAGCCACUGAGAAAACAAGGCUGGGCUGGCGACUGCCCAGAGGGACAGGUGG